CAGAAUUAUUAUUAUUCAUAUUGAAAGUGUCUGCAGGUUCUAGUCCUCAUCGAUACAGGAUUGUGCAUAAUUUUCUCCAUUAUAGCUGUAUUCCAGAGUGAGGGGUAUUGAGUGCUCAAUGUAAGAUUUUGGGCUGUUUUCCACUGAGUUGCCAUUACUAUUCAUGCUGUCAAGAUCAUGUAUCAAAUUCUUUUGACAAUAUAUGUCUACAUUGGUAUCAUCAAAAAAGUAUUCAGUCACAUUAAUUUUGGGCAAUUUCUUUAGUAAUAUUUAUCAUUAAAUUCCAAACAUCUUGCACCAACUGGCACUCCCACCAUAAAUGAUAAUACCGGUAUAUACCAAGAUCAUUGCAACCCCUCAGACAAUUAAGCAGUAUUAGAGAAAACAUAUUUGACAUUUGCAAAGGAGGACAAGACCAUCUUCAAGGGAUUUCAGGUGCCUCAAUAUUUGUUUAUGAAAUAAAAUCAUGCCAUGUAUUUAUUUAAAAGGUCAUUCAAGCUCUGCCCUUUAGAGAUUUUUAGUUUCUUUUUCAGCCCAGAUGAGAACUGCUGGCAGCACUUCCCUGCACCCCAGAGUCCAAUUUGGCCUCCCUCUCCUUUUGAUAGGAGCAGCGCUAAGGACUGAGCUUGGGUAAACUUGAGUGCAUGAUUUCUGGCGUGGGAAGAGGAUUGGGAGCUGCAUCAAUCCAGCAGAGCUCUUGAUCUGGAGCUCUCAGGGGCAGCAGUGACCUCAUUCAUCAGGCCCUUGAAUGGGCUCCCAUGUUGAGACCUCAUCAGGAGCCGGAGGACAAAAUGUUCCUGAAGAGGAAAACAGAAAAGAAAAUGCAAAGUUAUUUAUUUUGUUUAUUUUUUCAAAGUGGUUUACAAAAAAAAGGGAAAAUAAAAGUUCACAUCAAUACUUUAAAACAGACCAAAGAAAGUUAAGAUAUUAAAAAUGGGCUAAAAUUUACAUUCUAAACAGGAAUGUUUUGGGCAGAUACCAGAAGGAUUUCAGCAAAGGCACCUGCUUGAUAUCCAUAGGCAGAGACUUCCAAAGUACAGGUGCUACAUAGCAAGAGGCUUACAAAUGCAUCUUUGGUGGCCCAGAGAGGCAGUGGAACUUAAGGGACAUUGUGCAGAGGUGAAAUUAGCUGGAGGCUUUUUUGGCCAUAUCGUUGAAACAGAAAGGAGAGGAAUGGAGGCAGGCUUCUAAACAAUGUUGGGCUCCAGCUCCUAGCAGUCAGCAUGGCCAAUGGUUAGCAAUGAUGGUGGGAGUUGUAGUCAGCAACAUCUGGAGGGGAGGUACCAGCUUGAAGAAUGCCUUGUGAAGAUGGCCCUGCUAGGAAUUUUAUUGUCUUCAAUGCUCUGAUACUGUGAAAUCUUGCUUGGGAUUUCAGGGCGUGAGGGCUUCAGAACUGGAGCCUCUCUUGUUUUGAUUUAUGACCUUCAUGGCUUUGAUGAAAAGUUAUCUUUGGAAAUGUGUGGCCAGUUGCCGCUGGUGUCAUUCUCCCUAGAACUGGGGUAAAUCCCUAAUCUUGGAUAAGAGACGUUUUCUUCACUUUCUCAUAAAAACCACAGACCACAGCCCCUUCUGAAACAUGUGGAUUCAAACAGUACUGCCAGACACAGACAUGUAACAAGGGAAUAUGAGACUCUCAGUUGGAAGCUGAAGAGCCUUGGGAGCCAGGUGGCCUUUUCAUCACAAAGGGCUGUCUCCAUGUGCUCAGCAUGGCCAUGGGAGCUGGCUGGCAUUCUGAUGCAUUCAAAGUCAACAGACGCGCCCCAACCACAGCACUAAAGUGGUGCCUUUCUCCGCUUUGUUUGCACACCUCCAAGGAGACGCAGGUCAGCAAAUGCCACUUUUUGCACCUUCAAGCAGGGAAUUCUGUUCUACUUGGGGCUACUCUGAGAACAGGCUGGAGCUAAACAAGUCCUUGUUUGUCCCCUGAGAGCCAGGCUCUCUGAAUUGCCCCAGCUUUAGUUAUGAUUCCUGCACUGUUAUCCUUAUCCUUCCACUGGGGCAAGGCCCAAGAUGAUCCAGAGGAACCGCAUGAGCAGCCUUGAGUUCCCAUCAGAAAAGGAUCAGAACGGAGACAUGGAGAUCCCUGGGAAAGAAUUCAUGUCGCUGUCGGUCAGAUCCAGGAAACACAGGGGAAGCCAGUCCAUCCCAGACAAGAAGAUUCCACCACCCAGCGAAUCCCCGUUGGAGACCAGUGACGUACGGUUUCAGCUCUCCCGACUGAAAAUCAAGCGGGCGCCUUCGGACGAGGAGUGCUUCUUUGAGCUGCUGAGCAAAUUCCAGAGCAACCGGAUGGAUGACCAACGCUGUCCCUUGGAGGAAGGCCAGAAGGUGCCCAAAGAAGCUACGGUGGCCACCCUGGUGCCUGCCCUGGAGGAGAGGACCUCCCAGUCCUCAAUGGCCUCCCCACAGACUGAGGAGCUCUUCGACCUCAUCGCCAGCUCCCAGAGCCGGCGGCUGGACGACCAGCGGGCCAGCGUGGGCAGCCUGCCAGGCCUGCGCAUUACCCCCAACAACCUAAGCCACCUCCGCAGGGAGGGUGGCACGCAGCAGGAGCCAGGAGACGAGUUCUUCAACAUGCUCAUGAAGUGCCAGUCCUCUCGCAUCGAUGACCAGCGCUGCGCAGCCCCCGAUGCCACCCCACGCGGUCCCACUGUGCCAGAUGAAGAUUUCUUCAGCCUCAUUCAGAGGGCCCAGGCCAAGCGCAUUGACGAGCAGAGGGUGGACCUGGCCUUGGGUGAAGAGGAAGCCAAAGAAGAGGAAGCACAGCCCAGGCCCAGCUAAGACCGGUCCCCUGUACAGGGUCUGGACUGAGCCCUAGUGCUGUGAGGACACAGGCGCUGGGG